AUGAAGGCGCUCUGUUUCCUUCUGACGCUUUGUGCGGUGGGCUUACUGCCCCGUUCUUCUGCCUGCCCAAAGUACUGCUACUGCGACAGUUACGAGAAAGAUGAAUAUUCUGUGAGGUGCAAUGGUGCCAACAUAACUGCCAUUCCACGGGACAUUCCAAAGAACACAACAAUGUUGGAUAUCAGUUUCACCCCAAUCACCAUGCUACGGAAAGGAGACUUCGUUGACAUGCCCAAACUCAAACAGUUGAACGUUUGGUGGAACUUCAACCUGACCAUGGUCGAACUGGGAACCUUCGACAAUCUACCGACCAUCACGUCACUCGGGCUGGAUCAAAACAACAUCAAAGAUCUAAAAGGCGUCUUUGAAGACCUUCCCCAACUUCAAUCUGUUUCCGUGUUUGGUAAUCAACUCACCAGCAUCGAGGGUGUCUUCAUAAAUCUCCCCAAACUGGACAAUAUUUCGUUGAGUGGAAAUAAAAUCUCGAAGAUCAGCAGUACCACGUUCAAUGGUGUCUCUGCUAUGACGUCACUGACCAUCAGCAGUAAUGCCAUCGCAGAGGUGGAAAGUGGGGCAUCUCGAAACCUUGACAGCCUUGAAACACUUCACGUUGACAACAACCAGAUUCCAGAAAUCUCCUUGGCUGGCUUGCAUUCGCUUAUGACUCUUUCCAUUGACUCCAAUAACUUGCAGAGUUUUCCCACCAACCUGGAAGACGCAAACCAGCUAGAGACCCUAUCGUUGAACAACAAUCCUAUCAAAGAACCGCUGGAAGAGCAAUUCUCAGUUUUACACAGACCCGGGCUCUCCAAUCUAUACCUGUCUAACAUUACCACUCUGAAGUUGGCGGGGACACUGCAUCCUAAGGCGCUGUGUGGCUCUGAAGCCCUUGACGAUGUGUGGCUGAAUAACAAUGGACUGGCUUCCAUCCCACCCACAACCUUCGAGUGCACACCCUUCAUAUCCAAAAUAUGGCUUUCUGACAACAAUCUGACAGAAUUGAGUCCCCGCUUGUUCCAUGGUCUGACAGAGUUGAGUUGGAUAAAUCUGUCCGACAACCAUCUGAGCCACCUGGACCCCGACACGUUUAUCGGUCUCGACAAGCUCAGGUCUCUUUAUCUGAUUGGAAACAAUUUCACUAACAUGGCACAUGUAGCUCCGGCAUUAGCACACCUCCCCAGUCUACUGUACCAGACCCUGGACAAUAACCCGUUUGUCUACGUUGGUCGCGACUCCUUCCCAAUGCCUAUGAAGCAUGUUAACUCGUUCUCUGUAUCCAGCACACACAUUCGUGUCAUAGAAGAGGGAACCUUUUCCGAAGUUACUUUCCCCAAUCUGACUCGAUUGGAACUUGAACAGGAGAAUUCCUUGCACUUCCUGCCAGGCAAUAUGUUGGAGGGUCUCGACAACCUCACAGCCAUGAUUGCGGACGACGAUCCUUUCCACUGUGACUGCCAGCUCAAGGCCUUCGUCACCUGGCUACGCGAACGAGUCAACCCUCUGUACGUGAGCGCGACCUGCGCCAGCCCGCCGAGUCUAAAGGGCAAAGAUCUGACGGACGUUCCCCUGGCCAGUCUGACGUGCGACUGCCAACAGGUGGAAGUUCCUUCUAUCGAUACGAGUGGCAGUGAUAACUUCACCCGUGAGGGUCAGACCGCCAUGCUGAACUGUAAGGUCUCAGGCUGUCCUGAAGCCGAGUUUUUCUGGACCACCCCAACCGGAGCCAUGUUGGCUGUUGAGUCGGGGUUCCCUAGGAUGGAGGUACUGGGCAGCGGUACCCUGGUGGUGACAGACGCGAGGGAAGAGGAUACAGGGGUGUACACUUGCACCGCUGUCAACUACCGCGGGAAGGCCAGCAAAGAAGUGUCUCUGCAUGUAGGCAACAAACAAUAGUUCGCCAGAAGGCUGACGCAAAAGUAGACAAACGAACCCUCUCACAAAUGUGUGCCGCUGAAAAUAAUGCAUUGCUGUGCUGUG